UAACCACAGCAGUACUAGUACUUUCUGUUCAGUAAAAUCUUGCUUUUGCGUUAAUCGGAUUACCCUAAAGGCAAGCAAAUUCCAUAAUUCUGCCUAUCGCGCGGCAUAAAAAUGAUCCCGACUGGCAUGACCUUGAUGACCUGUGGAUUUUGUAUCUUCCUCUUAAUCAUCUUUGACUAUUGCCAUUCUCUACAAUCCAAAGCAAUUAAUAACACGACGGACUCCGAGCGUCCUUACAAGGGCCGUUUGAUAGGCAAACUGAAACAAAUUAAAAAAGGAGAACUGCCAAACCAAGCGCCAGCAUUCAGAAUAUCUGGGACAUUGUAUGCAGUCGACGAGCAGCUGCUUUACAUCCAUGAUUUCGUAUACGAUGCGGGAAUCCCAGGGAUGUUUCUAUGGGCCAUUUCAUACGAAGAGCGAACAAGAAAGGAAAACACCUACAUUAUUCCUUUCACCAAAGAUUGCACCGGUCCCACUUGCACGGCAAUACCAGCUGUUUGGGAGGAAAAUGUGCUGGUCGCUCUUCCGCGUCAGAUUACCUUUGACACAAUAACCGAAUUCGCUUUGGCCACGAGGAAAAACGAUGUAAUGUACGCCACAAUCAAGGAGAAGUACGCAUCCAUACCGGUUCCGAGCGGUUUCAAAUAUCCGCGCCCGGUCAUCAUGCCGACGCGAUUGGGUCAUUCCGUCAUAUCCGGUGGAGUGUCAUCCCGACAGAUAAUUGUGCAGGACUCCCGGCGCAUUUUCAUCGAACAAGUGACCUUUGAUGGUUCGGCAUCGGAUGCGUUCUUCUGGGUGGAUCACGGUUCUCUGCCCACGCCCGCCGGCUUCAUGGUCCCACCAAAUAAUGACGAAACACCACCGGAACCGCUGCCUCGUCUACCCAAAGAGCCGCUGACAAAAUACGACGCUUUGCUGGACUUACGACGGGCGCACCGACCUGGUAAAACCGGAAAUGUGCACUCGCUAACGGUUUUCGAUGUGAAAUCGGUGGCAAUCUACGAUCGUACAUACGGAACAGUAUUCGGUGAUGCUCCGUUGGAUGGAGGUGUCUUACGGGGAAAGGUGCCGGCAGCUAUGGAUGACCUUACCGUGCAUCGGAUGUCCGAGAAAGCUGCAUCGUUGCUGCGUGAUCUCCAUUAUGAAAUUAGCAUUGACAAUGGAAUUCAGUCGUUAGCACUUCCACGCAACGGCAUACCAAAACCAAAGAUACAGUUGUCGGCAUCCGAUCCGACUUCCGGUGAACAGCUGAUGUCCGAUGAUCCCAAAGCGGGCAAGGAGCCUCUGCCCCGUGACAACGUACUGGAUGAUCUAAGCAGAAAUCACAUCUGGAAUUGCGAGAUUCUGGACAACCUCCUGGAAGUGCAGUGGAAGGUUCAGAACGGUUACAUCACCGUGACGCUUUCCGCGCCGUCAUCUGUCUUACCCAAUGCGGACAGUGCGUAUUUGGCAUUCGGACUGAGCGGCUCCAGCAAAACCGUGCAGAUGGUCGGCAGCGAUGUUACGCUGGGUUUCGUUGGACCGAAAGGACUGCAACUUCGAGAUUUUAUUUUAGGAGGAAAAGCAGUGUGCAAUAUAAGUGACCCCAGCGCAGACGCCGUUUGCCCACGCAAUCUGAUCGGUGGGAAACAGAUAUCGCGCCUCGUCGGAGGAGGUGGAAAUGCCGAUGGAAUGUUCAAAUUUAGCUAUCGGAGACCAUUACAAACUACUGAUGCCUUCGGAAAGGACAUCCCACUGGAUGUACCCGUGUAUGUCGUAUGGUCCAUUGGACCGAUGAAUGUAGCAACGGAAAUGCCGGACUACCACUCAGUGCACGCAACAGGAAACUCGUUACUGCAUUUUGGACGAUCGCCGGAAAACAACUGUGUUGUGCUCAAGAAAAGAACUGAUCUAGUCGAAGACGACAUUCUUCCGCCAAUUUUAGCAAAUUCCACUUUUGUUAAUCUGCCAUAGACAAACCACUUUUUUGUGUUAACACAGUGUGUAUACUGUACACAACCACAGAUUCAGCGUUUUACUCAGUAUUUUAAAAUUUGCUACUCCAGAUUUCUAAUACAAACCACAAUAAAACAAUGUGAAAACAAACAGUAGCAAAAAU